AUGUCUAUUUGUAAGUUGGUGAAUGAAAUUCUUCACUUUUCUGAGAAAGUCAAAGAGAUUAACCAUACCCUUCUCUGCCUCAUACCUAAGGUGGAGAAGCCUGACAAUAUGAAGAACUUUUUCCCCACUAGUUUAUGUAACGUCUCUUACAAGAUUGAUACUAAACUCAUUGCGGGCAAGUUGAGAUGCAUUAUGACUAAAUUAAUCUCCCCCAACCAGUGUAGCUUUGUCCUAGGAAGGCAUAGUGCAUAUAAUAUAGUCAUUAUGCAAGAAGUUGUUCAUUCCAUGCGCAUGAAGAAAGGAAAGAAGGCAUGGAUGGCCGUUAAACUUAACCUGGAGAAGGCUUAUGACUGCCUCAGUUGGGACUUCAUUCAACAAACUCUUGUAGAUAUAGGUCUUCCCAGCAUAAUUGUUAAUGUUAUAAAUAACUCCUCAGUUGAACAUGGCUAUGUGAUGAAGCGGAUUCUUGACACCUUUUGCAGUGCAUCUAGGCAAAGGAUUAGUAAGGCCAAAUCGAGAGUUUAUUUUUCCAAGAACGCCAGUUUCCCGAGAGCUAAGGAAAUCUAUGAUAAACUUGAUUUUGGUAUCACAUCGGACUUAGGCAAAUACCUUGGCAUUCUUCUCCAUCAUAAAAGACUCAGUGGGAACUCAUUCUCUCAUUGUAUUGAUCGAGUACAAAGUAUAUUAAAUUCCUGGAAUGCCUCGUCCCUUUCCCUCGCUGGGCGCGUUACACUAGCGAAAUCUGUAUUAGUGACUAUCCCCAGCUAUACCAUACAGACAUCUAUAUUACCUUUGUCAGUCUGCGAUGCUCUUAAGAAAUCCAUUCAUUAUUUUAUAUGGGGCUCUAGUCCUAAUAAUAGACGCACUCACCUGGUGAACUAG